CCUUGGUCCCGCCCUCGCUGACGUACCGCGAGUCACCUGACUCAGCUGCGGGCUGAGGAGACACAAGGGAAGUGGCCGUCGCGGGAGCAAGAGCCUUCGACUCCGGACCCCCGCGCCAUGCCGUCCGAGAAGACCUUCAAGCAGCGCCGCAGCUUCGAACAAAGAGUAGAAGAUGUCCGGCUCAUCCGGGAGCAGCACCCCACCAAAAUCCCAGUGAUAAUAGAGCGAUACAAGGGUGAGAAGCAACUGCCUGUCCUGGACAAAACCAAGUUCCUUGUACCCGAUCAUGUGAACAUGAGUGAGCUAAUCAAGAUUAUUAGAAGGCGCUUACAGCUUAACGCCAAUCAAGCUUUCUUCCUCCUGGUGAACGGGCACAGCAUGGUGAGCGUGUCCACACCCAUCUCUGAAGUGUAUGAGAGUGAGAAAGAUGAAGAUGGAUUUCUGUACAUGGUGUAUGCCUCCCAGGAGACAUUCGGAACAGUACUGGCUGUUACAUUAGGUUUCAGCUGUGAAGAUGACAGCAGCAGGAGACACAGACUCUUGACAGAUAUGGCCAGUUCCAGCUAAAGCAAACCACUGUUUCCUGCUACCUGCAUGUGGUCUACUGUGACCAUCUUUGGUGAUUUCACUCAUGUUUGUGAUCUGAGAAUCUCAGAACUGCCUGCUGUCAUGGAGGGAAGCCAAUAUAGCCACGUGAUGCCCAAGCUCCUUACAGGCACCCCUCCCCGUCCCUGCAUGCAACUGUCUACUUGCUUUCAAUGUGAUUUUAUUUACAUCAUUCUAUCUAACUACCCUGUCUUGUGUAGGUUGUGUACGUCAAUAUGUCCCUGGUUUUUAUAACUACGGUGCGAUCAAUAAGGAUUCCUGUAAUACUGCUUUAAAAACGCUGCUCAGAGGGGCGGCCUUCAUUUAUAGAACACCUGUACACUUCGAUGCACUAAAUGAAUAAAGGCACAAUUGAACCUGU